AUGAUCUCCUUUGCUAUUUUGCAGUUUGCUAUGGUAGCUGAGCGAUACGUAGCGUUGUGGAAGCGCAGCAGUUAUGAGACAUUUGGGAAAAAACUGGGUAUUAGCUUUGCAUUUUUCUCGGUCACAGCUGGAUUCGCUAUCGUCUCUUGGACGACUCGUAUAGAGGAGUUUUCGGCUUUACCUUAUUGUACCCCAUCUUCGCCACGCGCAGUGGAAAGAAUAACAUUAUUAUGUUAUUUUCUUUGUUCUAUAAACGCAAUCACUUUGGUUGGAGUGGCAGUUCUCUUCACUGGGAAUUACAUCGCCGUCAAGAGCAAACGUUUCGAUUUGAGUUCUUCCUACCAACUAGUGGAAAACUAUUCGGUGAUCAAACUUCUUUUACCCCUUUCCGUAUUCCAAAGUAUAUGCUACGCUUUUUUUACUGUCUCUUCUGGAGUACUUGCCAUUCUGGUAAACGAGUUCGAUUAUAUUACUUUUCGAAUGCUGUUUCUUCUCACUUACGUUAUACCUUUCUACACCGUGAUAUCACCAAGUAUGAUUUGGUAUAUGAUAUCAAAAUCACAGCGUUUGAAAUCCAUCAAGUUGAGACAAGUUACUCAGCACGCUAGCAAAGUGGAUGACAUAUAUUUCGGCGCGUAUUUGAAAAUGUGGUGA